AUGACUCUCCUCGACCGCUUUCGCCCCACCUCCUUCCCUCGGCGCUAUCCCCGAUGGAUGGUCGGCCGGCCGCUGCUCAUCGGCUCGUCCGCCCUCGCCUCUCUCGGGGACGCCAUGUUCGGCUACAGCCAAGGCGUCAUUGGCUCCCUCCAGGUCCAGCCACCGUUCAUCCGCCGCUUCUUCGGGAGCAACGUCACACUCGAGCAGAUCCAAGCCGGCAACAAUGGGGUCGAUCCCAUGGUCCAAGCGAUCACGGUCUCCUGCCUGAACAUCACGGCGUUCAUGUCCUCGCUCUUCGCCGCCUACCUCUGCGACGUUCUCGGCCGACGCAGCGCGAUCCGCAUUGGAGGCAUCAUCUACUUCGUCGCCGCCAUCUUCCAGGUCGUCGCCCCCACCCUCGCCUGGCUCAUCUUUGGCCGCUCCCUCCAGGGCGUCGGCGUCGGCAUCCUGUCCAUGACCGUGCCCAUCCUCCAGUGUGAGAUCGCGCCGGGCCACGCGCGCGGGAUGUUCAUCUCGAUCGAGUACAUCGCGCUCAACGCCGGCUACGCGCUCUCCACCUGGGUCGGUUUCGCGUUCUUCUUUUCGCUUCCCUCCGAGAUGGCCUGGCGCGGCCCGUACAUCAUCCAGGCCGUCUUCGCCCUCGUCCUCAUCCUCUGGUCCUUCAUCCUCCCGGAAACGCCGCGCUUUCUGAUCAAGAACGGCUUCUCGGACGAGGGCCUCCAGGUGCUCGCGGACCUGCACGCCGCGGGCGACGUCGACGCCCCGCACGUGCGCGCGACGCACGCGUCCAUCGUCGCUGCCACCAAGGCCGAGGCCGCCACUGGCGACGCGUCCUGGCGCGAGCUCUUCCGCGUCUACGGCGCGCGCACGCUCGUCGGCGUCUCCUGCCAGGUCUUCGCGCAGUGCAACGGCAUCAACGCGAUCCUCUACUUCCUCCCCGAGAACCUCGCCCGCGCGGGCUUCUCGAUCGAGCGCUCGCUCCUCUACGCCGCCGCCUCCGCGCUGCUCUUCUGCACGGGCACGAUCCCGACCAUGUUCGGCAUCGACCGGCUCGGGCGCCGCCCGUUCCUCGUCGUCGGCAGCGCCGGGCUCGCGGCCGGACUCGCGGUAGUCGGCGGGCUGCAGUACUACGUCGACGGGCUCCCGCUGGGCCCCGCGCGGCUCCCGGGCGCGAACGGGAUCUUCGCCGCCGUCUGCGUCUACCUCUGGUUCUACGCCGCGACCUGGGGCCCGGGCCCGUGGCUGCUCGGCGCGGAGAUCUUCCCGAUGCGCGCGCGCGCGAAGGGCAUGGCGCUCUCGAACACCGCGAACUGGUUGUGCAACUUCGGGGUCGCGUUCGCGACGCCGCCGCUGUUCGCCGCGCUCGGCGCCGGCUUCUACUUCGUCCUCGCCGGCGCGUGCGUCGUCUCCGGCGUCUUCGUCUUCUUCGUCUACCCCGAGACCGCGCACAAGACGCUCGAGGAGCUCGGGGAGGCGUUCGGCACGCGCGGGGCGGGGCGCGCGGGUGCAGCGGGCGGGGAAGGGAGCGGGGAGGAGGAGGGGAAGGAGCUCGUGCCGGUGCGGCGAGGGGUGUUGCUCGAGCGCAGGCCGACGCCGUAUGCGCCGCCGCCGUGCGGGGCGGCGUCGUUGAGGGUCCCGGCGAGCGAUGGGCGGAGCGAGUCGAGCAGUUCGGAUGGGUCGGACAAGGCGAUGCAGAUGAGUGUGUGCUUCGAGGAUUCGAAGGAGUAG